CUGUCUCAUUAACUUAUAUAAUAUAGGCAAAUAUCGUGCUUUUCCAUGUCAAAUCCCUCUUUUCGGCUGCGUUUAUGUAUGAACCAUCUAAGAAACGAACCUUACUUUGGCUGUAUGCUUUCAAAGCUAUUUAUUCGGCAAUAUGGGAAAAAACGCCGAUUACAGAUACGCGCGCCCGGAAAAAGGGUCGGUUAGUUUAUUUAUUAGCAGUUGACACCUGCAGGCUAUGUGAACUCUAUCAGAAUAGAACUUCAUUUUAAUUCAGAAAACUCUAGAGGGAAAGAUCGGCCGCAUCAAAGCCGACGACGACGAGGGGAAGAACAUAAAUGAUGACAUCAAUAGCAGCAUCGCAGGAGAUUUCGACCUGAUGUACGGUACUGGUAGGCUCCAGUCAGUUGGCGUUUUGUUGUUGGCUAUGAUUUCCACUACAGGGGAGAAAUAACCAAGGCGGCGACUACCCAGCUUCCCGCCAUAGCAGACAGACGGAUGAAACCGCUGACUACAGCGAUAGAGGACAACGGAGCCACCAUUCAGCCCAGACGAGCACCAUUACUCAGCCGUCUUCUGUUGAAUUCGUCGUCUUCGUUAUCAGCGAUCCUCUGAGUGUAUCGUUGUUUACGUCUGCUUGCUCCUGCUGGCUGCUGAAGACUUUAUUCGCAUCAUAGUUGUUGAAGCAGUAGCGAUACAGUAACCCUCUGCUUUGUGCUACCAUCCUACUGUUACUGGUCUUUGUGUAUAUACAAAAGACUUAGCUGAGUGGGGCAGAAAGGUUGUAUAGUUAUGCAAUCACUGGAUAUAUGGGCGACGAGCGGAUCGCAUAUGCCUGGACUAUGUUUUCUGUCUUCUGAGGUAUAUUCAUACUGAUGGCGAUGAAACAAAUUCAUGUAUGAAAACUCGCGGAGUGACUGAAAAAAUUGCUCGUCGUGAAAAUCGAAAAAAACCUGUGUAUCCUGAUUAUCAUCGAUUCACGCGCAACGCAACAUCCAUUGUACAGGAGAAUAUACUAGUGUAUAACACUGUAUAUAUAUAUAUAUAUAUAUACAUAUAUAUAUAUGUAUAUAUAUGUGUGUAUAUAUAUAUAUAUAUGUAUAUAUAUAUAUUACAAGCCGACAAGUGGAAUACAGAAGCAUACAACAUCGGACGCUGUAAGGCAACAGUUUUCUGUGCAAAGUUUUUUUUAUGAAACGACAAAACGGUGUAUAAUAUCCAAGAUAUCUUCUAAUAGGCAAUUUCGUGCAAGCGAUGCUCAUGCGUUGGAUGUGAAUUGAAACAGCAGUCGUGCGUUUAUACAAAUACUAUCGGUUUGUGUAUUGCGAUUUCUCCUCGACAAGGAUGCUAGACGGUCUGUUUACUCCACACCACCCGACGAAAGGAUUUGUUCGCUUUCUAGAAUGCAGGUCCUGCGCUAGCUGUAACCGCGACGCCAUCGAUCAUGAAAACCUUAGUCUAACGAACGGAUGGAAUGGCAAAUCCACACGUUGAAGUUUCUGCACCACCUGUAAUGUCUGGUUCCCCGUCAUCUGCGGGAGGCUCAUCCCGCCGUUGGGGUUCACCUUCGACAGCGGGCCCUUCAACCGCCUCGCGUCCUGGUUCCGGGCCUCCACCUCUCUCGCCACAAACGCACAACCAUGUGGGCCUCCAUCGAGGUUCACAAGCAGGUACCACUAACGGAGGUGUUCGAGCUCGUGCAACGCCACCUGGUUAUAGUGGUGCGCCCUCAAUGCCUGCGGCCACGCCGGUGACCGCCGUUAACGGAACUUCGAUGGCCGCAUCCGCGACUACUAGAUCAUCGUCGCCGGCAACACCAAAGUUUGUUUCAAGAAACGUUUCUCCGCCAGUAUCGCCGCCAAGACCAGAUUCAGCGUCGACGGGUUCAUCUGAAGACCCAGAUAACACGUGCGCCAUCUGCCUGGGAAAACCAUCAAACAAGAGCUUCACCGACGCGUGCUAUCAUCCCUUUUGCUUUACGUGCCUUGUUGAAUGGAGUCGGGUAGGCAUAAGUUGAGUUUUUGAGCCAUCAAUACAAUAAAUAAGUUCUGUCGCUUCUAUGACAAGUGACGAUUUCCUUCAACAUUAGUUUCAUCUGCUUCAAUAGGUGUUUCGAUUUUAAGCGAAUAAACUUUCAUUUUGUCAGCAAAUUUUACCAAAAAAAGGGCAUUCGUUGCCAUAAACACACGCCAGUGUUCACAUGCAUAUGAUAAUUUGCCUACAUAAUAAUCAAUUUCAUGUAUAUACUUCACACAUAUUCUACUCGCUGUCAGUUGUUGAUAUCAAUCAAAGGUUUUAUGCCAGGCGACACUAGGAAGUGGAUUGAGCUAAAAAAUAUAGUUCGUUGUUUAAGAGACAUCAUUUUUUAUCAUGCUUGGCCAUUUAUUUCACGAGUGUAGAUGAGUUAGCCUAUAAUAGGCAGCAUCUAGCAACAGAAACUACGGCUUUUUCGGAUUUCGUUAGUAAACGUUGGAUAAUUUAAAGGACAAACGUAUUAUUAUCUCUAUUAGAUUACCGAAUUUCUUCUAGGUUUGAGGAAUUGCGUAUUGUUUAUCGUAUAUCGUACUGAUUGAGACUAAAGCUUAUUCUGCAGUCGUUAUUAAUAGUACUGAAAAUUCAUUGUUAGA